UUUCACACUUAAACGGCACCGUUUCCCUUUUCCCAUUUAUUUAUUGUAAUAAAGUAAUAUGAUAAAUUGAAUUUGGUCAAAUGAAACUUUCUGUUACUUCGUUAGUUAGACUGCAAAGCAUACACCUUGAGUUGUUGUGGAAGCAUGAAAUUUGAACUUUCCCCAUUGAUUUAAGUAGGAAAAAAAAAAAAUUGUGUUGUAGCUUUGUAACUUCUUGGGCCAUUAUGUGCUUUUGGAUAAGGAGGAGGAGAAUGGAAACACUGGGUGGUUUGGGUGCCACUUACAUUCUUGGCAUGGAUGAUAGGGAACAGAUUAUGAUUGCUUUAAGAAAGAAAGACCAAGGAGAAAAUAUAAUCGGAUUAUGCGGGCCAGAUAAAAUAGUCAAGCAUUCUGUUAAAACAUCUAGAAGAAAAGCUGAGAGAGAUCAAUUGUUCCAAAAGAUUGUCACAGCAACUGUGACCAAGAAACCAGACAUUAGCAAGAUUCAAACACAGAUUGGUAUUGCAAUAGGUCUGAAUUUUGAUGAUAAGAUCGAUCUAUCUGAAACAUCUUGUUGCGUGUGUUAUGGUAAUAACAAAAGAAUGACAACUGCAGAAAGAGCUCUUCUUCUGUGCGCUAAGAUAAAGGAACUGCAAACAGUACUAGUUGUAUUGUGUGAUCUUCAUGGUAGACUUGAUUUAGGUGAGAUUGGUAUCCCCUUUGGUGAAGAUCAUAAUGGUUGCAAGAUAUUGCUCACAUCAACAAGCUCGGAGGCAUUAUCCAAACAUAUGAAGGUUGAUAAAGUGAUACAAUUAUCAGAGACAUGACAUGAUUUUUCUUCCAACUAGAGUGUUAGAAGCAGAGUUGAUGAAAAUCUGAAGUCCAAACAUGAAUAUCAUACGGAAGACACCAUGUUGGAGAGAUUAGAGAGAGGUUCACAAGUGCUUUGUUGUUGUAGAUGAACUAAGAUUUUGUUUUUCUGUUAAAUGCUUGUGCUUGUAAUCUAAGAUAUGAAUCCAGUGCAGAUAAUAAUAACUGUCAUGAUAGUCUAUUAUUGUAUAUAGUGUCAAAUCUAAUGACACUUUGUUUGUUUCUUGUUAGUUACACUUGAAUACACCUUGAGCUAUGGUAAGAUUUCA